AGCUACACAUUAACAAUUCCAGCAACAUCCCCAUUCACAUUCGAUGAUAACAACGUCAUUUAUUCAGAUUUAGAGAGUGCAAGAUCAGCAAAUGUUUGGACAUACCCACACAAUCAACUAGAGUUAAAUAAAUGUAGAGUCUUCAAGGAUCUUUGGGAUAGAGGUAUGUUCAUGGGUGAUGGCUUGCGUUUUGGUGGUCAUUUUCUCGUCUACCCUGGUGAUCCAUUGAGAUAUCAUAGUCACUACACAGUCACUGUUUUAGAAGAUACUUCAUCAGUUAUAAAACCAUUAGACAUCGUAGCCCUAGGAAGAUUAGGAACGACAGUCAAGAAAGUCCACUUGCUAACAUCAUACAACAACAAAACUGAAAAGGUAGAUUAUAUCUCGUUAGAAUGGGCCGGUUUCGGU